CUAUCACGUUCUAUAUUUUUUAUUUUGAUAUAUACUAGGGAAUGUGCUUUCACAUUCCGUAUUUAGGGGCAUCAUACAGUGAAGCGGUUUAUUCAUUUCCAGAUUUUUCUGAGAAGAAUGCAUUCACACUGUGUAAUGAUUGCAUACAUGCUUUUCUACCUUCUUUUUGUUAGUUUUUCUGCCCAAGAUUACACAAAGUGAAUGCACUUUCGAACAAAAUCGAUCAAAUUACAUUGAUAAUAAUUUACUGGAAUUACAGGUGAACAGGACAGUCCUUUAGUUACAAGUACAAUAUUUUAGCCAUGGAAUUAACAAUUUAUGAGGAAAUGCAACCUACUAGUUUCCGUAAUUUUACUCAAGGAGAUCGGUUUCGCUGUUAAUAUAUUUGCUUCUGGUUUCACAACGAUCAGGAGCUGCACCUGAACCAUCAGGAGCACCACCUCCAAGCCAUUACUGUGCUGAAACAUGCGGGAACGUCACCAUUCCCUUCCCCUUCGGAAUACGAGCCGAGUGUUUCUUGGAUAUCUGGUACCAGAUCGUCUGCCAACAAAACAACAUGGUUCCCAUUAUGAAGAAGAUUGGAUUGCGAGUUCUCAACAUUUCACUCCCUGAUGAAGACGUGAAUAGCGGCAUGAUUAACGUUAGUCUUCCUGUGAUUUACUCAGAUGCAAGGUGCGGGGGUGACGGACGUGGUGCAAUGGUAAGCUUAAAAGGAAGUCAAUUUGUCUUCUCCCAGAAAUGGAACAUCUUUACAGUAGUCGGCUGCGACACUCUAGUGACAGGGAAUAGUACAGAAUCAGCUGUUUUCGGAUGCCGGUCGAAAUGUGCCGGAACCAACUUCACCAUUAGCAAGGAUAGUGCUUGUUCCGGGAGGGACGGAUGCUGCCAGAGUUUGCUCCCCUUGAACCUGCAGGAUUUUGGUGUGAAUUUCGAAGAAGAAGGUGGACAUGGGGGGUGCAAGUACGCUUUCUUUAGGUCUGAUUUUACAGGUGUUUAUGAUUUGAGAUUGAGUGAUACGGUUCCAGUGGUGUUGGAAUGGGGGAUUGCAAACGAUACCAACUAUGCAAUUGACCGUAUCCGGCAAGGUUACUACGAUGAUUCUUUCCACUGUAUAAGUGUAGAAAAUUCGGCCCGUAGAGGAAGUGGAAGUAUAUAUGAUUGAUAUGGAAGCUACAGCUUCAAUAAUGGUGAAAUGCUAUUUAUGGAGUGCCAUUGCACUAGGGGGUAUCGUGGUAACGCCUAUGUUGAUGGAGGAUGCAAAGCCGAAUGUGAUCCAAAGCGGUGCCCCGGGACUUGUGUGUACAAACGGGGCUCCUUUCGCUGCGUCGGUGGUGGAAAGACCAAGUUCAUUCUUAUUGGGGUUGGGGCAAGCCUUGGGGCACUACUUUUGUGUCGUCUUUGGGGGCUGUACAAAUACAUCAAGAAGAGAAAAGAAAUCAAGCUUAAAGAGAAGAACUUCACACGUAAUGGCGGUCUUUUGUCGGAAAGUGAGCUAUCUUCUGAAGGCCAUGUUAAGAAAAACAAAUUGUUCAACUCCAAGGAUCUAGAAAAGGCUACUAACAAUUUCAACGAGGAUAGGAUACUUGGGCGAGGUGGACAGGGUACCGUUUACAAAGGAAUGUUAACAGAUGGAAAAAUAGUUGCUAUUAAGAAAUCAAAAGCAAUAGACGAGGGCAAAGUCGAACAAUUUAUAAAUGAAGUCAUCAUUCUCUCACAGAUCAACCAUAGGAAUAUCGUUAAGCUAUUGGGGUGUUGCUUGGAGACAGAAGUCCCACUUUUAGUAUACGAGUUUAUACCAAAUGGGACUCUAUACCAAUAUUUGCAUGACCCAAAGGAAGAGUCAUGGGACACAUGCCUAUGAUUUGCAACUGAAAUUGCAAGAGCCUUAUUCUACUUGCAUUCAGCAGCCUCAAUUCCCAUUUAUCAUCGAGACAUCAAGUCCACUAAUAUCCUCUUGGAUGAGAAAUAUCGGGCCAAAGUGGCAGAUUUUGGUACUUCCAAGUCUGUUUCCCUCGAUCAAACUCAUGUAACCACGUUGGUGCAAGGGACUUUUGGCUACCUAGAUCCCGAGUAUUUCCAAUCAAGUCAAUUUACAGACAAAAGCAAUGUGUAUAGCUUCGGAGUUGUUCUUGUUGAACUCUUAACGGGACAAGAGCCAAUCUCGUCGCUAAGGGAACAAGAAGGCAGAAGCCUUGCGACCUAUUUCAUAAUUUCGAUGGAAGAAAAUCGGUUGUUCAACAUUGUAGAUGCUCAAGUUUUGAAAGAAGGUAAGAAGGAAGAGAUUGCAUCAAUUGCUAACCUUGCAAAAAGAUGCUUGAACUUGAAUGGGAGGAACCGGCCUACAAUGAAAACUGAAGGCGGAGAAAGGUCCACAGCUAGGAGGACGAGCGAAGAAUCUCGCGACAGGGGACCAGGGCAGAAAGCGGUGUUUAAGCUGGAAGUGCACAACGACAAGGACAAGAGGAAGGCCAUGAAGAUAAUCUCUGGAUUUGCAGGGGUCGAUUCGAUAGAUAUAAACUUGAAAGACCAGAAGCUGACGGUGGCGGGAAGUAUGGAUCCUGUGGAGCUCGUGGGGAAGCUGAGGAAGGUGUUUAUCACGGAAAUAAUCUCGGUUGGACCGGUCAAAAGGGCUCAGAAGAAGGACAAUAAGGACAAUAAGAAGGACGAUCGGGAUGAGAAAACAUUGGGUACCUUAAAAGCUCCACCUCCACCUCAUCCCUACUAUUACGCGAGACCAUCUCAUCCCUACUUUGGACCAUUCCACCAUUAA